AUGAAGUGUGAGGCUUUGCCAGUACAUGGAUCAUCCAAGAGAAAAGAACAACAUCUGAGACCCAAUGGCGAGGAGAUUCAACUGUGGCAUGGACAGUUCAGGAGACAGGAAAAAUGGAGAGAAGUGGAGAUUAAGGAGUUGGGCGUUGCGAAGCUUAAAGGAACAGACACAAAUAAUGAACAUCAUAUGAUAAAGUGCAAUGGAAAAUCAAGGCAGAAUUUGUCGGCUUGGUACGUGGAAUGCAUGUCAAUCUUUUUAAUACAGGAAGAAAAUGGGGUGCGGGAAGAAAAGCCAACACUUGAUAUCGCUCCGAGACAAGUCCAAUUGUUGCCAGAAGUGGGAUACAGAAAUAUAGCCAGUAUCAUUGAAACAAUGGUAGCUCUUUUGCCUCUUCACCCUUUGUCUGACUGCUUUUGGCCAAGAGAACUGAUUCAAAGGACACCAUUGAUUGAGACUAUUCAUCACCAUCGGGUGAUAUUUCCGAGGCACAAAAAUAACCCUCAUUGCAUAACUGUCUCUCUCUUAACACCAGAGUAA